UUAAAAGUUUGCUAUCGUAUACAGCGUAACCGCACAAUGUUUUUAUUGUUAUCCGUGUGUAUACUUGUACAUUUUGCAUUAUUCAACUCGCAAGAGAGUUUCAAUGAAAUACCUCACAUGAAAUAUGAAAAAAUUAAAUAUUGGUGCGCAAACACGGAUUUCAUAUGCAAAUCUAACUCUACAAAUAUUUGCGCUACGCGAAUUCUGAAUAGCAAUGUAGAGUAUAAGGAUUUUCUUAAUUCCUGUUACUUAUUUAUGAGUAACAUGUGUAACUACUCUAACCAUGGAUUGAAGCAAUUGGCUUAUUGUCGCUGCCUACCCCGACGGGAACAACGGGGUUGUUUAACUUUGAUGAAAAAUAUAAUUAAAUCCACAGCCACUCAGCCCACCACUAUCAGUCCGCUGUACGAUAUAGACACAGCAUUUGAUUUCCAUCUUUGCCCACUUUCGUGUCCUGAUGUGUACAACCCCGUCUGUGUUGGUGUGAAUCGAGGCCAUGGACUUUACUUUAAAUUCUUCACGUUUGUCAACCAUUGCGCCGGAGACCUCUACUAUUGUAAAAAUUGGGAAGAAUUCAGCCCUCCGCCAGACGAAGAUGAGAUGGUAAAAAGUUCGCCUCUAAGCUGGUCCCUUUGUGCUGCAAACAGGUAUAUUCAAUUUGCCCGUUUUGCUGAGAUGACAUCAUCUAUGGGAUACUACGGGUGGCUUGCAGGCGAUUAUAAGUAAAAAAUUCCGUGAAUCUCUUUAUUUAAUGAGUUAAUGCUAUCGUUGGCUUGAGUGCAGGACCCUGUGAAAAUUCCAUUUUAUUUUUCAGGUACAGCCACAUAAUGGAACCAAAUGAAAGACUGCGAGGUUUUGGUUGAUUGGCAGAUUUGCAAAAUUAUAGUGAAUAAGAUUAACACCAUUCAUAAAAAAUAAAGUAAAUUCUAUGACUCAUACAUUUUAUUGACUACUCUUUUUUUCAAAUACAUAAGAAAUACAAGCCUUACUAAUUGCUCAGACAUCACUUGACUGAUUUCAAUUACUCAAAGCUCACAUCUCCUCUCCGCUUUGGUGAAUACCAGGCUUUGGAGUCUAGAAUAGUGAACGGAGUGGUUCACGAAGUCCUAAAAUUAAAAGAGGAGGUAGAUUAACUACCGAACUACAUGAUCGCGAUCAAUUUGCGAGAGCUAAAGACGUAGAGAUACGCGACAUACCCCU